UAAUUGGCUUUUCAUUAGUCAUUCUUUGUGUUUGGAUAUAUACAGUAUUUUGAUAAUCCUUAAAGGGAGAAAUACAUUUGUGUAGAUAUUUGAUUCCCCCCCCAUGGCCCAACAACCUAUUUUUUAGUAUCUUGAAAGUGUGGGAUAGGAACUUGAAGUUCUCUUCCUUCCUGUACUCUGUCUCCCUCUCUCCCUCUCUCUCUCUCUCUCUGCCAUUACACUGAUGCCUCUGCUGGCACUGCUCCAAACCCCAUUGUGGGAGAGAGAGGGAGAGUGAUGCAAUCCCUGCCAACACAGGCGCACUGAGCAAGGGGGAAUGAGAAAAACAAGGGGAGGAGUCGAGCACAGUGCAGAUCACAUGCCUGCGCUGGCAGGUCCGCAGGGUGUGUGUGUGCGCCUCUCUUGCAGGCUGCCUCACUCUCGCGCUGCAGUAGCACGCUCUGCAAGAGGAAGUAGAGAGACAGCUUCACUAGAGCACAGCUCCAGCCCUUUUGAAACGCGAGCGAGGACAGAACCGUGUGCUGCCGGAGAGUCUGCCAGACCUGAAUCCGUAGAAGCUAGCUCAGUGGUAGUUGAGAAGUCCAACAGUUAUCCACACCAGAUCUACACCAGCAGUUCUCACCACUCUCACAGCUAUAUCGGUCUGCCAUACGCGGACCACAACUAUGGUGCUCGCCCCCCACCGACGCCCCCCGCCUCGCCCCUGCCGGCGGUCCUGAUCAGUAAGAACGACGUGAGCCUCUUCUCCAGCGCGGCACACUUCGAUGAGACCUCCAGUGCCACCACCAUCAGCACCUCUGAGGACAGCAGCUACGGGACCGACGUCACCCGCUGCAUCUGCGGCUUCACACACGACGAUGGAUACAUGAUCUGCUGUGACAAGUGCAGUGUCUGGCAGCACAUAGACUGCAUGGGGAUCGACAGGCAACACAUUCCCGACACCUACCUGUGUGAGCGCUGUCAGCCCAGGAACUUGGACCGAGACAGGGCCAUUCUUCUGCAGACAAGAAAAAGGGAAAAUAUGUCAGAUGGCGACACGAGUGCGACUGAGAGCGGGGACGAAGUGCCCAUGGAGCUGUACACUGCCUUCCAGCACACGCCCACCACCAUCACCCUGACCGCAGCCCGUGUUAGUAAGGGCAGCGACAAGAAACGCAAGAAGAGCGGCGACAAGGAGCAGAAUGCAGCCAAGAACAAGAAGGCCUUCCGGGAAGGAUCUCGCAAAUCUUCCAGAGUCAAGGGCUCUGCCCCGGAGGUGGACCCCGCUGACCCCCCGAACUGCAUGUGGGAGAACAAGAUCAAGGCGUGGAUGGACCGCUACGAGGAGGCCAGCAGCAACCAGUACAGCGAGGACGUGCAGAGCCUGCUGGCCCUGGGGCUGGGGGAGACUGGAGAUGGCAGCAAAGCCCACUUCAACACCAGCAACAACACCGGCUUCAAGCCCCCAGUCGAGAGUCAGGUGCAGAAGAACAAGAAGAUCCUGAAGGCUGCCAAAGACCUCCCCCCCGACACCCUGAUCAUUGAGUACCGGGGGAAGUUCAUGCUGCGCCAGCAGUUCGAGGCCAAUGGUUACUUCUUCAAUAGGCCGUACCCCUUCGUCCUGUUCUAUUCCAAGUUCCAUGGGCUGGAGAUGUGUGUGGAUGCCAGGACCUUCGGGAAUGAAGCCAGAUUCAUCCGACGCUCCUGCAUUCCCAACGCUGAGGUGCGUCACGUGAUGGAAGAAGGAAUGCUCCACCUGUACAUCUACUCCAUCCGAAGCAUUCCAAAGGGAUCCGAGAUCUCCAUCGGCUUCGACUUUGACUACAGCAGCUGUAAAUACAAGGUGGACUGCGCGUGCCUGAAGGGGAACCCCGAGUGCCCGAUCCUGAAGCACAACACGGAGCCCACAGAGAACCUGAACAGCGGCUACGAGACGCGCCGACGCAAAGGCAAGAAGGAGAAGGACGGGCAGAACCAGGACGGGUCUCCGGACAGAGAGGGGCCGGCCGGGAAGACCAAGACAGCGCCGGACAACAUCAAGCAGAGGAAGCUGUCCCCCCUGCGGCUCUCCAUCUCCAACAACCAGGAGCCAGAUACUAUUGACGAUAUAGAAGAAAAAACUCCUGUUAGCAGUGAAGUAGACAUGGAGUCAGAGGAACAGCUUGCAGAGAGGAGGAGGAAGAUGGAUAGCCCAGCUGAGAUGUCCCAUCUUGAUUCCACAGGGGGCUCCAGCUGGAUGGGACUGAGGCACAAGGAGACCAGGGAAGAGCGCAAGAUGGAGGCGAUCCUGCAGGCGUUUGCGCGUCUGGAGAAGCGAGAGAAGCGCCGGGAGCAGGCGCUGGAGAGGAUCGGCACCACCAAGCCGGACAUCAAGGAGGAGCCCCCCACGCCCGAGCUGGACACCCCGCUGCAGCAGGAGCCUGUGAAGGAGGAGCCGGCCAGCAAACCCACUCCGGCGAAGGUGAGCCGGAACAAGCAGCGCAAGAGCUUCUCACGGAGCCGCACACACAUUGGGCAGCAACGCCGGCGCCACCGCACCAUCAGCACCUGCUCGGACCUGGCGCCCGGCUCGCCCGGCGAGGGGGGGGACACCCCUGCGGAGCAGAGAGAGGCUGACCCCUCCACACCCCUCCCCGAGACCGAGGCAGAGCCGGGGGGCCAGCCCGAGAGCAUCGCCCCUGAAGCCUGCCCCGCGCCCAGCAAGACUGCCCCCAAGUACCCCAAAACUAAAAAGCACUUAGUGAGCGAGUGGCUGAGUGAUAAGCAGGAAAAGAGCGAGCGGGCCCCCAGGACCCCCGAGCUGCCCCCGGAGAGGCCCCUGCGCAUCACCACAGACCCAGAGGUUCUGGCCACCCAGCUCAACUCCCUGCCCGGCCUGGCCUACAGUCCCCACGUCUACAGCACUCCCAAGCACUAUAUCCGCUUCACCUCCCCCUUUCUGGCGGAGCGCAGCAGCACCGGCAGCAGCAGCCGGCGCAGGAGAGAGCUACCCGACCCCAUCGCCACCUCCACUGGCUCCUGCAAGAAGCGCUGGCUGAAGCAGGCACUGGAGGAGGAGAACUGUCCGGCUGCAGUCAGCAUGUUCAGCGCCCUGCUGUCCAGCGAGGGGCCUCUGAGCCCAGCCAUCAACGGGGACACAGACAGCCCCCUGUCCAUCAACGGGGGCUGCAACCUAGCAGAGCUGCCGACCCCCCUGAAGAAGCGGAGGCUUUGCCCCCUGGACACGGCUCUGUCAGACAGCUCCACGCCCAGCGCCUCCCCCUACGCCACACCCACACACACGGACAGCGUGGACCCCGCCCUGUUCACCACACCGCCGCGCGCCAAGCCCGAGGACGAGACGGGCCGCAGCGGCUACAAGCCGGUGUACUCCCCCGUCACCCCGUCCACGCCCUGCCAGCACUCUGCCAGCACCAGCUUCACCCCGUCCAUGCCCUGCCAGCACUCUGCCAGCACCAGCUUCCAGAAUGUUUCGUCCCCGGACAGCUCUCCUGAAGUGAAACGGAGAAUGAGCCUGCAAGAGAGACUGGAGAGACCGCCCUCACUGCUGUGUUUGCCCCCUGUCCGGAGCUCCAGCCUGCCAGAGUCGGCUCUGCUGGAGAUAAAGACUAGCGGCACUCUGAGCCCCCGCCCCGGCAGGACUGAAUGCAGCCAGGCGGGCGUCGUGGCCCCAGAAACAAUAGACUCUGGUGGGGGAGCAGGAACAGGAGGAGGAGGAGAGGGGACAGUGGAGCUCUUAGCAGUGUCAGAGAGCAGUGAACCUCCUCACACGGACUCCCCAGCCCCUGUCCCUGCCCCGGUCUCCGAGCGCUGUGACCCAGCGGCCCAGGGAGAGGCACUGUUCACUGCCAGGGGGGGCGCCGUCUGGAUGAAGAGUCCUGAGAGGAGCAGCCUCACCUUCUCCCCUGUCAACUCCAACCUGCGGGACCUGACCCCCUCGCACACCCUGGAGCUGGGAGGCGGCUUCCGCGUGAGCGAGCUCGCCGGCGCCCCCUACAGUGAGGGAGCCCUGUACUACCCCUGCACGGAGGAGGGGGCCUACACGCGAGCCCUGGGGGGAGAGGGUCUGGCCGACGGGGGCGGCACGCCACACAACCCCCCCCAGAAGAAGAAGGUGUCUCUGCUGGAGUAUCGCAAGCGGCAGCGGGAGGCACGCGGGAGCGGCUCCAAGCAGGAGAGCUUCUCCCCCAUGUGCAUGUCUCCGCGAUCCACAGCGCCUCCUCUGGCUGGAUUCUGCAGCAACAGCAAUGUGGUGGAAGUCUGUGUCGCUGCAGAGAUGCAACCUGAGGCCCCGCCUCCUGACACACCCCCAGCCCCCGAGACCCAGAACCCCUCCGACAGCAAGGAGCCCCCCCAGGAGGAGACGGAGGGGAGAGAGGGACAGUGGACGUCCUCUACAUCGGUGGAGCAGGCGAGGGAGAGGAGCUACCAGCGAGCACUGCUGCUGAGCGACCACCGGAAAGACAAGGACGGAGGGGCCGAGUCGCCUCCUCCCAGCCCUGCCUCCUCUCCAUGGCCUCAGUUUCAUGUGCAGACUCCACCUUCAUCUCAUUCCAAACCUGUCUCGCGCCUGCAGCUCAAGAUGCCAGCGCUGUGCCCCAGCGAGGCCUCGGCAGAUGGUCCCGAGUGGGAGGGCCCUGAGCCGACGGGGGCGCUAGUGAAGGAGUGUGCGUCUCCCAGCAGCACACAGAGAUCCUGCAAGAGCCCCCCAGCGCACUGCAAGCCCUCUUCUCCAGCCCAGUCUGCUCCUCACCAGCUGGCCGGGAAGGUGCCAGUGAAGCUGGAUCCGCAGCCCGAGGGGGGCCCAGAGAGCGUCGGCAGCAACAGCCAGCCCAAACCCCCUCCCCGCUCCCCCUCCUCCACCCAGCCCCCCUGCAAAACCAGCCAGCACUGGGAGCAGAAAGCCACCCCGCUCACCCCCUCCAAACUGCACUGCCCUCCUGGGCCCGUCUCCUCCUCCCCUCUCAGUGAGCGCACCCCCAAACCCUCCACCCCCCUGCAGGCAUCCCACCCCGGCCCCUCGCUGCUGCUAUCCCCACUGGGCUCCCCCUUCAGGGGGCAGAGAGCCAUCCUCCAGCACGGUGCUGCCCCAGCACAGCAGCAGCAGGGCAGUCCUGCCCUGUUCAGCCAGUAUAACCAGCAGGGAGUCCCCCCGCCCCCUCCGCCGCCCCCUCCUGCCCCUGCCAGCACUGCAUACUUCCCAGCGCAGGCCCCUCCCGCCGCGGGCAGCUUCCCCGGGUACAGCGGGCAGCUCAAGCAGGUGAGCGCCUUCCCUGCUGGCCCCGGCCAGCCUCUCCUGCAACAGGGGGCACCACAGCCCUCCGCCCUGCUGCCCCCCGGCAUCCACCACCUGCAACACGCCCCGCACACACCGCACCCACAUCUCCUGCAGUCAGGGCCACCCGGGCACUACCUCCCAGCCCAGGGGCCUGCCACUUCCACCGCCCCCCCUCCUCCACCCCCCCCUCCCCCUCCCCCCAACCCUCACCUGCAGCCACAGAGCACCCCGCAGCUCCUGCACGUCACCCUGCCGGCCCCCUCCCCCUCCUCUGCUCACCACCACCCCCCUUCCCCCGCCCCCUCGCUGCACCCCUCCCCCCCACUGCUCCUCCAACAGCACGUCCUGAGCUCCGUGCCCCCUCCCCCUCCGCCUCCCCCUCCCCCCUCCAUCACACACCACUAUCAGACUGUGGCUAGUUUCCCCGUCCACGGGCCCACGCUGAUCCACACCCCGCUGCUCCCCACACAAGGACCAAACCCCAGCUCUGCUGCAGGGUACCAGACACACCAGCAGGGGGUGCCCCCGCCUCCCCCUCCACCACAGCAGCAGCAGCAGCUGGUUGCCGUGCCCCGCACUGCCGGCACCUUCCAGCCCAGCAGCUACCUGGGCUCUGGCUGGCAUUGAGCAACGCAGGAGGAACGCUCAGCAGGAAGAAUUUUAAAUAUCAUGUAAAAUAAGCUGUAAAUAUUUUAUAUGUACCCGGGAAGGUACUUUUUAAAAGACUUUGUAUAAAAAAAACAAGUGAACCCCCGAGCUCAUUAUUUCUCUCCCUCUCCCUUCCUUCGUUAUUUUUGUUCACUCUCUCUCGCUCGUCUCUGUCUGUCUGUCCUGCAGUAUUAGAAACUCGGCACCUCUCUGACAUUCCAGUUUCGUUUCUAUCUUUUUCUUUUCUUUGUUAUCGCUCUGUGUUUCAGAUUUAAUUGUUUAGUGAAUCUCUUUUUCUACUCCUGUAUGUAAUUAAAUCUGUACACAGCGAAACGUGAGUGCAGCUGAUCUUCAUUCUCUCCCCUGCCCCAGACUCAGUGCUCUUGUGUGUGUGAGCGUGUGUGUGUGUGUGUGUGUGUGCGCAAGCAAGCAAGCUGUGCGAGUCUGUGUGUGUGCGCGAGCGUCUGUGUGUGUGUGCGCGAGCAAGCUGUGUGAGUCUGUGUGUGUGCGCGAGUGAGUGUGUGUGUGCGCAAGCAAGCAAGCUGUGCGAGUCUGUGUGUGUGCGCGAGCAAGCUGUGUGAGUGUGUGUGUGCGCGAGCAAGCUGUGUGAGUCUGUGUGUGUGUGUGCGCGAGUGAGUGUGUGUGUGCGCAAGCAAGCAAGCUGUGCAAGUCUGUGUGUGCGCGAGCGUGUGUGUGCGCGAGCAAGCUGUAUGAGUGUGUGUGUGCGUGAGCAAGCUGUGUGAGUCUGUGUGUGUGUGUGUGUGCGCAAGCAAGCAAGCUGUGCAAGUCUGUGUGCGCGAGCAUGUGUGUGCGCGAGCAAGCUGUAUGAGUGUGUGUGUGCGCGAGCAAGCUGUGUGAGUCUGUGUGUGUGUGCGCGAGUGAGUGUGUGUGUGCGCAAGCAAGCAAGCUGUGCAAGUCUGUGUGUGCGCGAGCGACUGUGUGUGUGUGUUCGCGAGCGAGCAUGUGUGUGUGUGUGCGCGCGAGCGAGCGUGUGUCUGCGUGCGCGCAUGCGUGUGUGUGCACGCUAGACUGGGAUUAAGAGUGGAUACCUCACAUCUCUAGGCGUGAUGUUGCAGGUUAUUUUUGGAUUUUAAUGGUUAUUUGUAGAAAUGUAAUUUAAUGUAUAGAUUUGUUUCUUACAUCUUUCCACAGAAAAUUGUGUAAAUAAUGCUUUUCUUAUAUAUUUUUUCUUUUUAAUGCUUGUAAAAUUGCUUCCGUCCAUUCCUUUUUGGAAUACUGUAAAUAUAAAAAGCUCUCUUUGCAAAGCUGUAUGUUCUCUUUGAAAGUAGUGGGAGAGUCUUUACAUUUGAAUUUUUUUUUUUUUUUUUUUUAAGAGAGAUACUGUCCCCCGCAGCGCUGGUUGGUUAUUUUCAUGAUUCAUGAUAAUAAAUCACAGUAAUGUCAGUUUUAUACCA